AUGAAGUCUCGGCUCGCAGUUUGCCUGCUGCUCGUGUGCAUCGUCUAUCAAUACAGCUCGAUCGUAGCUCGAGAGAUCGGGAAACCGGACGACGACUUAGCCGUUGCGGCGUCUCAUCAUCAUCAUCAUCACGAGGAGGGCGGAGGCGGUGAGCACUUUUCGGAUCACCACAGCCACCACGGAGACAAGGGUGAUAAAGGUUACAAGUCGUCCCAUCAUCAUGAGAAAGGCGAAAAGGGACAUCACGACAAGGAUGACCACAGUGGACACUACGGUGAAGAUGAGGGACACAAGAAGAGCCACCACCAUGACGAUGGCUACUACGCGGAACACCAUAAGGGUGAGAAAGGCGAAAAGGGACACAAGUUCCACGAAGAGGGAAAAUACAGCAAAGGCCACAACACGAAGGGACAUCAUGAGGUUCACAAGCUAGACGAGUUCAAGAAGGACAAGGAGUUCUUCGACGAGCAUCACGACUCUGGUCAUCAUGAAGAUCAUGGUGGUCAUCAUCACGAGCAUGGACACAAGAAAGGUGGUCAUUUCAAGAAAGGACACCAUGAUCAUGGAGAGCAUGAAGAUCACUAUGGGAAGAAGGGACACCACGAAAAGGGACAUCAUCAUCACGAUCAUAAGGGACAUAAGAGCGAUGGUGGACACGAUGAACAUCAUCAUCAUCACUCUCACCAUGGCAAGAAGGGCGGACACGAUGAUCACAAAUCGUGGGGAUUUAAAAAGGGACAUUAA